AUGUCUGCGUCAACAGAGUCGGCUCGCUUCCGCUGUGCGUUAUGCCCAAAGGAGUUUUCUCGGCGGGAGAAUCUUGCUCGCCAUGCUCGGAUCCACAAACAACAAAAGUUGCAUCGCUGUCCCGUCUGUGGCAAAGAAUUCACCAGGAGCGAUGUGCGCCAGCGUCAUGAGGAGAUUCACAAAGCGCAGCGGUCGCCUAGCGCGACUUUGGCGUCCCAGAGGCAGAUCGCGUCACCAAAAGAUCAUGGGCUAGCCUCGCCGCACACUUCUGAUCCGUUACAUGAGAUUCGGUCGGCUGAAACGCACAACGUUGCGGGCUCAGCAGGUUCCAAUUCUCUGAAUGCUCGGUCUGUUCCGGAAAAUGAUGCACUGUGUGGGACUAGCAAUGCCUGGGCCCCUAUACAUCCAUUAAACAUGGACAUAGAUCAGACUUUAGAGCUCGAAACUCAAGUUCAGACUGAACACCCCCUUCGUUGGACAAAUCAGUCCCCCAAUAACACGGUUGAUGAUGAUCUGCUCCGAUGGAUGCAAGAACCAUGUCUAUUCGAGGAUAUGUGUUUUGAUGACGAUAUCAUGUCGGUGCUGCUCGAAUCAGGGUCAAUGCCGCCCUUCAAUGCCGCACCAAUUUUGGCCAUAGAUAUUGAUAGAGAUCAGACAACCGUCGACCAUCAUGAUCCAAGUUCCGCUACCUUUGUUGACAGGGGAGGAAAAAUGAGCCGGCCGGCAUCCCCUCCGAAUGAAGCCUCUGAGGAAGAUAAAUGGCCGUACAGAUGGGACCCAGGCUCUCAAGCGAUUACCGCCGCUAAGUCAAUUGAACUACCCAAAAACCAUUCAUUGAGACGGAACCACGAUACUUACUUUGAUAUUUCCCAGCAGCGGUACCAAAGUUUGAUCGCCUUUCUUUUGGACCCUGCAAGAAAAGGUUUCAACUUUCACUCAGUUCAUUUUCCUGACUUGGAGACCGCGAAUAUUUUCAUAAGAUUAUUCUUCACACAUUUUGAACACCAGAUGCCUGUCAUACAUCGUGUUUCUUUACGAUCUUGUGAUGACUUACCUGAUCCUCUUCUUGCUGUUAUGAUUGCCAUAGGAGCUAUAUACAGCCGUGAACGACACACGUGCCGUUUCUCAAUUGUACUGGUUGACAUGGCAAGGUUGAGCUCACAAAUUGCCAUCGAGAUGAAUAACAAACUUAUGAGAGAUCCCAUGUUUGUCUAUGCUUUGGCACUAAUCUGCUAUGCAGGCUUGUGGUGUGGCAACAAGCGGCUUUUUGAGCUCUCCGAGAGCCUGCGGGGUGCAGUGAUAACCUAUUGUCGCCAAAUCCAUAAUUACGAAUUUAUCUCCGCGAGAGAGGACCUCAAGAAAUUUGGCAAUAGCGCCGAUGGCCAAUGGCAAAGAUGGAUUAUGAAGGAAUCGAGAAAGAGGCUCAUCCUAGCGGAGGUCAUGACCACCGAAUGUCCUUGUGACGAGGAAUUUUGGCAUGCUUCAACUGCCAAUUGUUGGAGAACGUUACUUGGCUCUGCCUCUGUUCCACCUGCAACAACCUAUGCUUCUGUCGUGAGUCCCUUUUUGGGGCCUCUGAACCUAGGAAGCACUUCAUACAACGCCUCAUCCGAUUCAAUUCUGCGACAGACGUCUUUCCCCUCGUCAAUAAGCCUCAAUUCCUGGACCCGUCAUCUCAUUCUUACUACCAUCCAAGUACAAAUAUUCGAGCUAUCACAGCAGAUUUCAAUGGUCUCUGAGGCGACUCUUGAUACAGAAAUAUGGCAAGUACCUGGAACACAAAAAGUCAACACUCCCGCAAAUUCCACUUUCCUCGCCACUCUCGAGCCUGAGAUUCAAUCUCAUUAUGCCUAUCUGGUGACGAGAUGCUUAUCGAGCCGUCAUGCAGGCUCUAUUUUGUCACUUCCGGAACAAGAAGCGUGUAAAGCGCUCGCAGAACGCAAGGAACUUAUCUCAAAAAUGCUAGCUGCCUGGGAUCAAGCCUACGCAUCAGCACCUGCCCCCGAUGUGGCUAUGUAUGAGACCUCCCGUUAUUUCCAUGCAAGUUCCCAAGUGUAUCAUCGCCUCGGCCGUCUCACUCUGCACGUCCCAAUUGUGGAUCUUCAAAAUGCACUUGGAAAGUCGGGAACAUCUGAGAUCUCUCCAGCAAUAAACACGAUGCAUAAAAUUCUCACGAAUCACCCCGAGGAUGUUGGAACCAUACUCACGCAUUGUCUGGAAGCCAUUCAAGAUCUGCGCGUACAGCCCACCUUGUCAAGUGGGGAACCGAAGUCCCGAAUGGCAGAGCCCCCAGAGAUAAUCACCUGCUUCCUCAGCGAGGUCUUUGUCUGGACACUUGUGAGGUGUAUAGAUCCGACACAGAUUCAUCUUCUGAAAGACAAGAUGGAAGCAUUCGAGGCUUCCGAUGGGUUUUUUGCAGUUGUGAAAGAGGCAUUGGAUUGGGCUCGGCACCAACAAGGAAGUCACCAACGCAACACGUCUGCGACCAACCUGAUUUUGUUCGCUGCUGCUGAUGUCGUAAGCAAAAUGACGCCGUGGAAUGCGUCCCUCAAUUUAGCCUUGCUUUUAUGUCACCGGGGGAAGGCAUCCACAACGCGCGAAGAUCUAUGA